AUGGCUGCUUCAAUCUUCCAAAAAUUCUUCAGAAAUCAGUCCCUAUACGCUACAAAAUUGAUCAACCAUCCUCCACUGCAGCCACCAUAUCUGCUUACCCAAAUUCCCCAAACCACGAUAUUAGCUGAUCAAAUCCCCCUUCCGGGUCGUGGGAAAAUAACGGAUUCAAGAUUGUAUCCUUCCAUUUCUUCACAUUUCUACCCGAGCUUUUCUUUUGGGUGUUUUCUGCACCCAGUUUCUUCUUCAAUCGGAUCAAUUCGAUCCGAACCUGAUGAAGAAACCGUUGCUGAGAGUACUCUCACUAUCUGGGCUGAUAGUGUGAAGAAGAAGAGGAAAAGAAAGAUGAAUAGGCACAAGUUGAGGAAGCUAAGGAAGAAUCUCAAGAACAAAAGUUAG